AUGCGAUAUACGCCCAGCGGCCAGUCGGUUACGUCUUUCAGCGUCGCUUCCAAUCGUCGCUAUAGGACGGCUGACGGUGAGCAGCGGGAAGAGACCGAAUGGUUCAACGUCAGCGCAUUUGGCCGGCUGUCCGAGAUCUGCAACCAGUAUUUGACUCGGGGUCAGCAAGUUUACAUUGAGGGACGCCUUAAAGGCAGAGGCUAUGCCGACAGAGAUGGCCAGCCUCGCUAUUCCCUUGAGGUUACCGCCACCGAAAUGCAAAUGCUGGGCCGGCGAGGAGGCCGCCCGCAGGGUGGCCCGGGAGGCGGAAGGCCGGGUGGAAGGCCAGGGGGCCGGCCCCGCGGGCGUUUGGUUCCCCGGCGGAGGGUCUGCACCUUUUGCGUCGAGCACAUCAAGAUCGUCGAUUACAAGGACAUCGAUAAAAUCCGACGCUUCGUGUCGGAUCGCGCGAAGAUCGAACCGCGACGGCGCACGGGGGUCUGUGCAAAGCACCAGAGGGCAUUGCGCAUCGCCAUCCAGCGCGCUAGGCACAUCGCCCUGAUCCCGUUCGUAGCGCAUCACUCCUUCCCCAGCGUUCGCCGCUGA